AUGUGUGCAAAUGGAAUAUCUGAAGUAUUACAUGGAGAGGAUGAGACAGCAGUAGCAGCCUCUAGUGAUCAAAGCCAGAUUCCUAUAAUUGCUGUAUCCAUUACAGUGGGAGUCAUUUUGCUGGCUGUGGUUAUUGGUUUCCUCCUCAGUGGAAGUUGCUGUGAAUGUGACUGUGACAGGGCUUCUUCCCUGUGCGCUGUUGCCCAUCCAAGCCUAAUAUGGAGGUGUGGCUACAGCAAAGCGAAACAAGACCCAGAAGAGGAAAAAAUGCAUUUUCAUAAUGGGCACAUUAAACUGCCAGGAGUAAGAACUUAUAUUGAUCCACAUACCUAUGAGGACCCUAAUCAGGCUGUCCACGAAUUUGCCAAGGAGAUAGAAGCUUCAUGCAUUACCAUUGAAAGAGUUAUUGGAGCAGGUGAAUUUGGUGAAGUCUGCAGUGGACGUCUAAAAUUACCAGGAAAAAGAGAAUUUCCUGUGGCUAUCAAAACCCUUAAAGUGGGUUAUACUGAGAAACAACGGAGAGAUUUCCUAGGGGAAGCAAGUAUCAUGGGGCAGUUUGAUCAUCCCAACAUCAUCCAUUUGGAAGGUGUUGUGACCAAAAGUAAGCCAGUAAUGAUAGUGACAGAAUAUAUGGAGAAUGGCUCUUUAGAUACAUUUUUAAAGAAAAAUGAUGGACAAUUUACUGUAAUUCAGCUAGUAGGAAUGCUGAGGGGCAUUGCUUCUGGAAUGAAGUACCUUUCUGACAUGGGCUAUGUGCAUAGGGAUCUUGCAGCCAGAAACAUCUUAAUCAACAGUAACCUAGUAUGCAAAGUGUCUGAUUUUGGCCUUUCCAGAGUACUAGAAGAUGACCCCGAAGCAGCAUACACUACUCGAGGAGGAAAAAUCCCAAUCAGAUGGACUGCACCUGAAGCCAUUGCUUUUCGCAAGUUCACUUCUGCCAGUGAUGUCUGGAGUUAUGGAAUUGUAAUGUGGGAAGUGGUUUCCUAUGGAGAGAGACCAUACUGGGAAAUGACCAAUCAGGAUGUAAUUAAAGCUGUUGAGGAAGGAUACCGUCUGCCAAGUCCCAUGGAUUGUCCUGCUGCUCUGUACCAGUUAAUGCUGGACUGCUGGCAGAAAGACCGAAACAGCAGACCCAAGUUUGAUGAAAUUGUCAGCAUGUUGGACAAGCUCAUUCGUAACCCAAGCAGCUUGAAGACACUGGUUAAUGCAUCAAGCAGAGUAUCAAACUUGUUGGCAGAACAUGGUCCACUAGGAACUGGGGCCUACAGAUCAGUGGGUGAAUGGCUGGAAGCCAUUAAAAUGGGACGAUAUACAGAGAUUUUCAUGGAAAAUGGAUACAGUUCAAUGGAUGCUGUGGCUCAGGUGACCUUGGAGGAUUUGAGACGACUGGGAGUGACUCUUGUCGGUCACCAGAAGAAGAUAAUGAACAGCCUUCAAGAAAUGAAGGUCCAGCUGGUAAAUGGGAUGGUGCCAUUGUAACUCUCUUUUGAUGUCACUUCCUCAAGUGAUUAACUCUGCACUUUGUAAACUAGCCG